GGGCAGUAUCAUAGCCCUCACACAUAUCAAAUAAGAUUUCUGUGGCGCAUAUGUAUUUGGUACCUCCUUGUACCAAUAUCUAUGUGUUAAAAUAAAUAAAUAAAUAAUUUUACGGAAAACGUAGAUAUUUCUUACCUAACAAAUAUUAUUGCUUAAAUUUUUUAACUAUUACACUUCAGAUUAUCAUGAAUUCACAAUCUCCUGAAGACAACGACAUGUUACAUGAUUCAUCAUAUGCAAAUUGUGACAUCAGAAAACGUCAACGUUCUGAUAAGAUUUCAAAUCUUAUGGGUCAGUAUCUUUUGAAAGGAUGGAGAAUGUUAAACGAAUCUUGUCCUAAAUGUGAGACUAUUCUUUUUCAACAACCUAAUGGUCAGUAUUAUUGUGUAGCUUGCUUAGAAGUUGAUCAGGAAAAAUCCAAUUCUAUUAAAGAACCAUUGUUAGGUAGCCAGCACUUACUGAACAAAUCACAAAAUUUCUCGACUGCAUUGUCGCCAUUUCGUAAUGAUGUUGACACUGGUUUACCAAAGAAGUUCAUUGAUGCUCAGAUGAAACCACUUUCCGAUAAUAAAAAAACUUCAACUGCAUCCAGUGAGAUUAGUAUACUAACGGAACUACGUGAAAAAAUCCAUUGGUCAAUGUCUCAAUUAGUGGAAACUACUACACCUGUGGAGAUUCGGCAUUGGGUGGAUACACUCAAGUCUUUAUUAGAUCUAUGGGAUAAAUUGUUAAAAUCUAAUUUUGUCAAGUCCUAA